UUGGUAUAUACUAUAUAUUGAUGUGAUUGGAUGGUAAUUUCCAUGGUUACAUCAUCCACUUGAGAAAGGCUGUUUUUGUUCCUUUCCAGAGAUUCUCAAAUUCUAUUGGCUCUUCCUAUAUGAACAAAGCCCUUUUAUCCCUACUGCCUAUUUCACGCCUCCUCUGUCUUUGCUAACGAGCAAGGUCAUUAGCUUUGCAUCAAAGCCCGUCAACAGACCAAGAUGAAUUUUCAAUUCCAUAGUCAUGGGCAACGUAUGGAAUACAACGUUCCUUGCGUCAAUACACCUACCUGAAUGGAACAGUCUCUGCCUUCGUCUCAACUAAUCAAUACAUGAUAUUUCUGGCUGUUAUUUUUCCAGAUGUUGUUUUCUCAGAUCGCUUUAAUUACUCUGUCAAAUUUGUCGGGUGGGGGAGGAAGGUUUUGUCGAAGUUUCGAUCGUUUCUCUUUCGACGGAGGGAGAAAAGGCGUAUUUGCGUUGGUGGACCAGUAAUUGGAAUCGGCCCAUUUCGAUCACACCUCACAGCAUUUCAAAAUAGCAAGCUGCAGCAGGAUUCUACUAUUGUUUGAGGCUUGAAUACAGAGUAUCCUUCCCCAAGCCAGACGAUUGAUUAGCAUUUUUUUUUUUAUUCCUUCAGGCUAGUAAUAUUUUGGAGCUUGCAUAUGGUUAGACGCGAUGCUCAGUAAUUCUGGACGAAGGAGUCCUUGCAGGCAGCCUUCUCAUGGAGUUGCAUCGGUGAAGCUUGAUGAGAUGUCGAGUAAAAUCUGUGCAAUGUGAUUCUAACUGUGCAUCGGACACAAGUGCAAUUUUCACAAUUCUUGCCUUAUCCUACCUCAAAAUUAACAAUCGCUCAUCAUGAGUCAUCAUUUAUCUACUGUAUACCAUGAAGCAUUAUGGACAAAUUGUGCCAGGACGGAGGUCUAGAUGCGUCAAUCAAAAAAGCUGGUUUGGGUUCCUAAAGGACCCAGAAUGUCGCGGAAUCAAGCCACGAUGCUGUGGCUGGAUUUAUACGCUGACGAAGGAACCCGAUUUAAGCUCAGCGCCUGCUCCAAGAAAAAGAUGGGGCAGACUGGAAAGACCUGCGGAUUAAUGAUCGUCGGGAGAGGCAUCUCAUCUCGCAAUGACAGCCACACCACCAUCCCCCUCCCUGAGAGACCGGAAGACGUUCUACCGUUCCCUUUCAUCCAGACCGUCAGCCGUGCCUUGGACUUCUAUCUGACGUCGUCCAGCGGUCCGGAGUCUGCGUCGACGGCGGAGGAAGAACCGCAGAACGUGCUCGUCUCGUCGUUCAACAAUGGCUGGACUACUUCAGGCAACUCGACAGAGAGAAGCAGUCUCUUUUCAUGGGGAGAUGAUGAGUUUGACAAGAUCUCGGCCAAGCGUGUACAGCGCAUGUUUGAUGAGAUUGACAGUAUGCUGUACGAAGGGCAGAAAAUCUCGCUGUCAAGCUCACAGCUCCACAACGAAUGUAAAGUGUGGAAGACUCGCUUCCCACAUCUCAGAAUCCUUGGAAGUCAACUCGUAGCGCCAAGUGAUGAAGGCUUUCAGCUAUACCCUCAAGAGGAGCCCUCAUCACCGACCACCGGUGUGUUACUUGACAUCGCCGACCAUGAAGUACCUGGUAGAUCAACUCAAAAUAGACAUGGCCUGAAGUUAUCGGGUCAUCACAUACGCCCCAUCCCAAGUGUGGACACAUUCUCCUACCCUGAGAUGACGGUCGUGGAUCAUGUGAACACACUAGAAGAAGAGAUCAUUGAAUCUGAUGGAACGGUAGAAGAAUUCUUUGCAUACGAUAAAGCGAGACAAGCAGAUGAUGAUAAUCAUGAGAGGAAACUGGAUCACACGGCGCCAAGGAGAGAAGGCUUUCCCCCACUCACACCCAGUGCGUGCAUACAGAACACGGUGCUUAGUCAAACCUUUGAUGUCCUAUGGGCUGAAGUAGUCACAUGGAUGAGGUUACUUAUCAAGAUACAUCAAGAAGAUAAGGAGAAGAACCUAAUGAGCCGACCAGCCGUGGAGCCUGAUCAUCCAGAUACCAAUCUGACACCUACCAUGGCACCUACCUACGUCAUACCACUCAGCCCCAGCCCUCUGGGGGUGACGGCAGGGAGAUUCAUGGACCCGCCUAGCAAACUAGCUCCUAUAGGAUCUUUCCGUGUGGGACCGUCGACGUCCUUCAACUGGCAGGCACCCAAGUCCAAAUCGCUGACCGGCGUGAUGACCAUCUCGUCAAAGGCACUUCAUAUUCGACAGGGGGAGAAAGACAGGGUACCAUCUGCUAUGACUGAGGAAUCUCCUGCGCUGCUCCCAGCCACCAAGGGAAUCAGCAGCAGACCUACCAGUACGAGAAUAUCUGAUGUUCCCGGCCACCGUCUACCAUCAGCUAGGGUUGGUAGGAGGAGUCUUCGACCCAUCGAGAGGGCCAAGACACCCAGUGUACCGGGCAUGGACGCUCUCAUUACUGGCAAGAGAAUGAUGACUGCUAAUGACAGGUUGAGUUCUCCGCCCCAUCCCAUGGCUGUUUCACCCCCUCGUCAGUUCAGUCGGAACACCAUGCUACCUCCUAUUGAGUCUGCUCAAGAGAAUGGCCUCUACAGGGAACACCAAAGACCUCCUACGUCAUCGGGGAAGUGGGAUCUUCCAAGGCAUCGGAUAUCUAGUGCCGUCAUCGAUGGUGGAGGGCAGAGGCCGAAUAAGAAUCUACAGCCAUUCCCUUACAAUGACUCCAGGCCGAACACUACACAUUCUUUCAGAGACAGGUCUUCUGACAUGAUGCUAGCCAGACGAUCCUCCACGCCUCAGAGCAACCUCAACAUCUUCAAAGCCGCUUCAGGAACCAUGCAAGGGGUACCUGGACAGCUGAAUGACCUUGGGGUCAUCACAGGGCGUGGCAUCAACCCUGGCGGACUCUCCCAGCUGGAGGGUAACAUCGGUAACAGUCAGUACGGGUCCCAGCAGCAGAGCUACCUCAAGACGUUAUAGCGAUGGCUCCCUGUGCGGCUGACUUAAAGGCGCACACAAACACACAAACUAUUGAACUUUUUUUCUUCAUAUUAUGAAACAAUUCGCCAAAGAGUCAUGCUGCGCAACCAGUGUUUCUUAUUGUGUCAAUGUUUGAUCAGAACUGGAAGGCUGGACGCUGUAUGAGUCAAUCCCCGGCUGUGAAAGAUGACGUUUGGAGACAUGUCAGAAAGAGCCAUGCUCCGCAACAAGUGUUUCUUAUUGUGUCAAUGUUUGAUCAGAACUGGAUGGCUGGACGCUGUACGAGUCGAUCCCUGAGUGUGAAAGAUGACGUUUUGAGACAUGUCACAAAGAGCCAUGCUGCACAACCAGUGUUUCUUCUUGUGUCGGUGUUAGAUAAGAGCUGGACGCUGUAUGAGUCAACCCUCGACUAUGAAAGAUGACAUUUUGAGACAUGUCACAAAGAGCCAUGCUGCGCGACCAGUGUUUCUUAUUGUGUCAAUGUUUGAUCAGAACUGGAUGGCUGGACGAUGUAUGAGUUGAUCCCCGACUGUGAGAGAUGACGUUUUGAAACAUGUCACAGAUCAAGUGCUAUGAGUACCUGGCUGUGGAGAAGACAUCAUGUUUAGCUUCACUUCAAAUAUCAAGAAA